GCCCGGGACAGGACGCCACCGUUACUCUAUAGAGACCGCGACAGAGACCUUUAUCCUGAGACAGAGUGGGUGCCUCCCCCACCCCCUGUACGGGAUAGGAGUAAUCGGGCAGCUGCCUAUGACCCACUGGAAAGCCUAGAGCGCCGCCGGGAUGGUUGGUCCUUGGAGAGGGACCGAGGGGAGAGGGAGUUGGGCAGUAGUAGUAGGGAUCAGCCUAGGAAACGGAGACUGGCGGAGGAUGGAGGCCGGCACUUGGACCGCUCUCCAGACAGCGAGCGCUCUUCUUCUUCCCGUAAGCGUCACUGUUUAGCCACAACCUCUCCACCGGACCGCAGCCCUGAGCUCCUUGGAGGGAGGGAGCGUUACAGUAGUGACCCCGAGCGCUCGUCCUCUCGCUUGCUCCUGUUGGAACGGCCUUCACCUGUCCGGGAGUCGCGCAGGGGCAGCUUGGAGCGGGGUCAGAACGAAAAGCGUGACCGCAAGAAUUCUGCCGAACGGGAGCGGAAGCAUCGUGCUUCUGUGGCAGCUGCCGCACAGGAGUGCAAAAGUCCAGCCAAAAAGGAUGAGCGUGCUACGGAAGGAGGUGGCGGAGGCUCCCGCCUCAAACCUCCUCCUCAGAAACAGCAGCAGGACGGAGCAUCGCAGGCUGGGGGAGCCCCCAAGCUGUGCUUGGCUUGGCAGGGGAUGCUUCUGCUGAAGAACAGCAACUUCCCAUCCAAUAUGCAUCUGCUUCAGGGGGACCUCGGUGUUGCCAGCAGUCUCCUUGUGGAGGGAGCGACUGGUGGGAAAGUAGCUCAGCUCAAGAUCACCCAACGUCUUCGUCUGGACCAGCCCAAGCUGGACGAGGUCAAUCGUCGCAUCAAAGUGGCGGGUCCCAAUGGCUAUGCCAUCCUUUUGGCUGUGCCUGGCGCAUCAGACAACCGCUCUGCAGCUGGAGCUGCCGAGGCCGCCACCACCUCCACCCAGAGGCCACUCAGGAAUCUGGUGUCCUAUCUAAAGCAAAAGCAGGCUGCUGGGGUGAUCAGCCUCCCUGUGGGGGGUAACAAAGACAAGGAGAACAGCGGGGUCCUGCACGCCUUUCCGCCCUGCGAUUUCUCCCAGCAAUUCCUGGACUCCACGGCCAAGGCACUGGCCAAAUCAGAGGAUGACUAUCUGGUCAUGAUCAUUGUCCGUGGGGCGUCCUAAGGCCCUCGUGUUCUCUGUACCCAACCCUGCCUACUCCUCCACACAGCCCCUCCAGCGUGUGCCAGGUGCUAUGGGAUACAGCCUUAGCCAGUCCUGUCAUUAUUUUAAAUUAGAUCUUUGUUUGUAGGUGACUUUCCCUGCCCAUUUUUCUGUUACUACAUUUUUCUAUAAAGUUAGAAGCCAGAAAGGUUGGUUAGCCGUUAGCGUGAAUAGGAUAUUUUGAGAAUCCCCUAUCAGUGGGGGUAGCAGGGAGGCUAGGCCUGCU